AUGCCCAGCAGGACGGCCCGCUACGCCCGCUACAGCCCCCGGCAGAGGCGCCGCCGGCUGCUGGCCGACCGCAGCGUGCGCUUCCCCAACGAUGUCCUCUUCUUGGACCACAUCCGCCAGGGGGACCUGGAGCAGGUGGGGCGCUUCCUCCGCGCCCGCAAGGUCUCCCUGGACACCAUCCACCCGUCCGGCCUGGCCGCGCUGCACGAGGCCGUGCUCAGCGGGAACCUGGAGUGCGUGAAGCUGCUGGUCAAGUACGGCGCGGACAUCCACCAGCGCGACGAGGAGGGCUGGACGCCGCUGCACAUGGCCUGCAGCGACGGCUACCCCGAGAUCGCCAGGUACCUCAUCUCCCUGGGGGCCGACCGCGCCGCCACCAACGACGACGGCGCGCUGCCCCGCGACCUCGUGGACCCGGACUUCAAGGACCUGGUGGCGCUCUUCCGAGACACCAAGGUGGACUAGGCCGCCGCCCCCAGCUGCAUUUUUUAUGGUGGCACUUUGUACUUUUGCAAUAAACGCGA